AUGAGGACUCUUCCAGAGACCUCUGACCAGGAGCUGAGAACAGGUGCAAAGAAAGAACGAUGCCUUCAGGGGAAAAGCCUGCUUCUGUGUACACUUCUCAGUAGUCUCCUUGGCUUUACACUGCUUAUCACCUACAUCAUGAUGACUUGUGGUCUAGGAUCCUGUGAUGCCGAACUGGGUCUUACACUGUUGAGCAGUCUCCUGAAUUCCAGGAAUGACACUGUAGACCCCUGUGAGGAUUUCUACAAAUAUGCCUGUGGCAACUGGAAAGGCAAACACUCAAGCAGAACCACAGAAGAAUCACUAAAUGUAUUUGAUGUGUUGUUGGAAGAAAACCAGUUGAUCCUGAAAAGGCUUUUAGAGGGUCCACAGUUUGGGAUAAGAGGCUCAGCUAAGGAGAAAGCAAUCCAUUUCUAUCGCUCCUGCAUGGAUACCCAACGGAUAGAAUCCCAAGGAACUCAACCAUUGAAGGACCUCCUAAAUCAGGUUGGUGGAUGGAAUAUAACAGGUGUGGCGAAAGCAAAAGAUUUUAAUGAAACUCUUCAGACUCUCAUGGGCAGAUACAGCACCUUUCCCUUUUUCACAGUCCAUGUGGGACCUACUCCUUUUGACCUCAAGACCAAUAUUAUUCAGAUUGACAAUCCUGAGUUUGAGAUGCCACCUGAGAGUAAAUUUAAAGAGAAAAAUUAUCUUGAGGUUCUCCGCAUAUAUCUCUCAUAUUUGAAGAAACUGGGGGGCCUACUUGGAGGGCCACAGGAUGGUCCCCCUGAUUCCUUUUCCCUUACCUUGUCCUUCAUCUCUAACCUCCAGCGAGCUGUCACCCCACUGCAGAAAAGACAGCAGAGGGGGAUGCUGUUCUUUCGCACUACCAUUAGGGACCUACAGGAAAAGGCACCUGCUAUUGACUGGCUGUCAUGUCUACAGGCUGUCUUCCAUCCUAUGCCAAUGAACCUCUCUCAGCCAAUUGUGGUGCAUGACAUGGAUUACUUAAGACGCAUGUCACAGCUCAUCGAACAAUGGCACGAUGAAAGGAUUCUUCACAUUUAUAUGAUUGUUUGUCUGGUUGGGAAUCUCUCCCCAGCCCUUGACAGUCGAUUCCAAGAUGCACGCCUGGAGCUAUCUAAGAUUCUUUAUGGAAAAACGGGAUCUAGAAUGGUCCCAGCUGAGCGCUGGAGGAGGUGCUUGUCUGAUACCAGCUCUUUCUUUGAGCCAGUUCUAGGGCAGAUGAUUGUGCAAGAAAUUUUCCCUCAGCAGAACAAGGAACUUGCCGAGCAGAUGUUCUCUGAGAUCCAAGAUGUCCUCUACGGCCAACUGGAUCAGUUGGAGUGGAUGGAUGAACUCACUCGCCAAGUGGCUAAAGUCUUGAUUUCCGAACUACAAGUGGAGAUUGGCUAUCCAGCUCACAUACUCCAGACUGCCAAAGUGAACCUGGAAUACCAGAAUUUACAGAUAAAUGAAGACACUUUUUUCCUCAAUGUGGUGGCUUGCUUGGAAGUACUAAGGGAAAAUUCCUACUUGAAACUCCUUCAGCAUCACUCACAGGAUAACUGGCAUGUGUCCCCCUGGGCGGUGCAUUCAUACUACUCAAUAAGGCACAACAUGGUGGUCUUUCCUGCUGGAAUGUUCCGCAGCCCUUUUUUCCACAUGGAGUUUCCCAG